GUGUGGUGGGGCCGCUCUCGCUGCUGCCGCUUUUUCCGCCAUCGCUUGUAAAAUGCUGCAUCAAUUGCAAGCGCAGCUAAAAAAUGCUACUCAAGAAAUAUGUCAAAAAUCGUCGAAAGUUAAAAAUUCUUUUUCUUCUCAUGGUCAUUGCGCUGAUUGUGGUGACUGUGGUUGUAUUGAACAUUUCGCCCAACGUCGGUUCCACUGAACGUCUACUCGAUGAACGUUUUAUAGCGCGCAUCUAUGAUGGCGGUGGUCGCUUGGAGCAGCCACCACUGAAGUCGCCCCGCCAAAAUGGCGUUAUUGUGCCGGAGAAGUACGACGAACACAAGGUGAAGGCACGCAUUGCACAGGAACGCCUGCUGCAGCUGAAGCAACAGCAGCAACAACAAUAUAACGCCAUUGAGCCGGGCGAGGAGCACACCACAUUGGAUGCCAUCACUACGGGUGUGCAUAUCUUCUAUAGCGCGCCCGUCGCCUGGUAUAAGACAAAAAAGUCACAGCAGCAGCAUCCCAUCGCUCCACAGUUGCAAUUGCGCGGUGCUGCUAAGGAGUUGCUGAAUGAUGUAUCCGACGCCGUCCAACCAUUUAUGACAUCGACCACAACAACAACUGUGAAACCGGUGCGCAUACUAAACACCGCCUUCUAUCCGGCACUGGGCCUGUAUAAGCCCACCGCCAACCUGCUGCAGAAGCAUUUCGAUAACAUACGCAACUGUGGCAUUGGCGUGCUCAUACUCAGCUGCAGCGGCAAAGCGGGCGAGGUGGAACUCUAUCAGCAACUGUUGGACUUGGCGCCCAGUUAUAAUUUGAGCAUCACCUUUGAGAUUAGCGUGGCGAGCAAUCAGAGUGUGGAAUUUCUGCAACAACAAUUGGAGGCAGUGCGUCGCUACUCAACCGCUGAGAGCUUCUAUCGCGUGUAUUCGUUGUCGCGAAAGCGUUUGGUGCCAUUGAUUUACGUAAGCAAUGCUUAUAAGUUGAGUGAAACGCCAGCGGGGCGUGCGUUGUGCCCAUCGCAUUCGGACAGUUUGCGCCGCAUUUUCGAUGCAUACUUUAUUGGGCACAUUAGACUAAAAAAUCACGUUGAUAUCAUGCGACGCCUCUGCUUCGAAGGCUACUAUAAUAAGUUACCAAGCAAUGGCGCAACAUUUGCGAGCACCUGGAAGAAUUGGUCAUAUCUGAAAUCAUUCGCAUUGACGUAUAAAAUGUUAUUUGUGCCAACAGUAGGGCCAGGCUUUGCAGAACGUAAUAAAUUUCCACGACACGGUGACAUACAAAGGCAUCGCAGUAAUGGCAGGUACUAUGGCGUCGCUUGGCGUACGGCCAUCCUAAAUCACGUCGGCUUCAUUAACAUAGCCAGCUACAAUAACUGGCCGGAUGGUAGCCAAAUCGAGGAAGUCAUCCCGAAGGCCGGAUUUUUAGACUAUAAUCCUGGCGCUAAAACAAAGUAUAUAGAUUUAACCACACAUUGGGUUGGAAAUUUCUUAAAGACCCGUCAUGAGGCGGCCGCUGUUGCUGUUCCUGGCCAGCCGAGUUGUUAUGAACUCUUGAAUAACACCAUUUGUUGAAUGCCAAUAACGUAAAUAGUAAACGCCAAAUAAUUGCACUGUGAGGCAGUAAAGAAAAAAGGCACGAAUGGGCUAUAGCAAUUAUGAAAGAGGAAGAGCUGUAGAUAAUUGGACCACCCAGCAAUCGUUCUUAAAUGUCACAAUUUUUAUUUUUUUUUACCGUGCGUUGAAGUUUUCU